GGGGGCUCGUCUCUGCUCCCCAGAGGAUCCCCACGCUCCUGCUGGGGAUGGAGAGGAUGUGAGAGGGGACGGUGACUUCUCCUGCCGUGGGGCCAUGGGACUCUGAGAGCUGCUGGUCCUCACCUCGCUGCCAACAGCCACCAUGGGCUGCUGCUGCAGCUCGGACUACGACGACGACUGGAUCGAGAACAUCGACAUUUGUGAGCACUGCAAUUACCCCAUCGAGCCCGACAGCAAGCGCCAGAGGCUGAUCCGCAAUGGCUCCGAGGUGCAAGACCCACUGGUGUCCUACGAGGGCACGUCCCCGCCGUGCUCCCCCCUGCAAGAUAAGCUGGUGGUGGCCCUCUACAACUACGAGCCAAAGCACGAUGGGGACCUGGGGCUGCGGAAGGGGGAGAAGCUUCGCAUCCUGGAAGAGAGUGGAGAGUGGUGGAAGGCACAGUCGCUCACCACUGGCCAGGAGGGUUUGAUCCCCUACAACUUCGUGGCCAUGGUGAACAGCCUGGAGCCCGAGCCGUGGUUCUUCAAAAACAUCAGCCGCAAGGAUGCGGAGCGGCAGCUCCUGGCGUCGGGCAACACCCACGGCUCCUUCCUCAUCCGGGAGAGCGAGACCUCCAAAGGCUCCUACUCGCUGUCGGUGAGGGACUUUGACCAGAACCAGGGUGAGACAGUGAAGCACUACAAGAUCCGCAACAUGGACAACGGGGGGUACUACAUCUCCCCCCGCGUCACCUUCAGCAGCUUGCACGAGCUGGUGGAGUAUUACACACGCAGCUCCGACGGGCUGUGCACCCGCCUCGGCAAGCCCUGCCGGACCCAGAAGCCACAGAAGCCGUGGUGGCAGGACGAGUGGGAGGUGCCGCGGGAGUCGCUGAAGCUGGUGGAGAAGCUGGGAGCUGGGCAGUUUGGAGAAGUCUGGAUGGGCUUCUACAACGGCCACACCAAGGUGGCCGUCAAAAACCUGAAGCAGGGCAGCAUGUCACCCAGCGCCUUCCUGGCGGAGGCCAACCUCAUGAAGAACCUGCAGCACCCGCGGCUGGUGCGGCUCUACGCCGUGGUGACCAAGGAGCCCAUCUACAUCAUCACCGAGUACAUGGAGAAGGGCAGCCUCGUGGACUUCCUCAAGACCUCAGAAGGACUCAAGCUCAGCAUCCACAAACUGCUGGACAUGUCCGCGCAGAUCGCCGAAGGCAUGGCCUUCAUCGAGGCCAAGAACUACAUCCACCGCGACCUGCGGGCGGCCAACAUCCUGGUGUCGGACACCCUGUGCUGCAAAAUUGCCGAUUUCGGGCUGGCCCGGCUCAUCGAGGACAACGAGUACACGGCUCGUGAGGGGGCUAAAUUCCCCAUUAAGUGGACGGCGCCGGAGGCAAUUAAUUACGGAACGUUCACCAUCAAGUCCGAUGUCUGGUCUUUCGGCAUCCUGCUGACAGAGAUCGUCACCUACGGCCGGAUCCCGUAUCCAGGGAUGACCAACCCCGAGGUGAUACAGAACCUGGAGCGCGGUUACCGCAUGCCGCAGCCCGACAACUGCCCGCAGGAGCUGUACGAACUGAUGAUGCAGUGCUGGAAGGAGAAGCCCGAGGAACGUCCCACCUUUGAUUACAUGAAGAGCGUGCUGGAGGACUUCUUCACCGCCACCGAGGGCCAGUACCAGCAGCAGCCGUGAAGACCCCCAGCACCGGCUUGGACAACCCUGUGUUGGGGUGUCCGGGGGCUCACGGUCCCCACACAGACUCCGUACACACGGCCCCGGGGCGCUGGCACUGCCUGGACCUCAGCAGUAAAGAUCUGAAGCGCUUCAAAUCUUUGGAGCAGCGGAUUUCACCUUCCCCCCUGCCCCAGAAGGCGAGGGAUGG